AUGGGAAUGGGGGUCCGACUCCGGGACAUCCAGCGGUCCCUGAGUGUAGUCUUGAUCAGGGCCGACGGCCUGGACCAGGCGAAGCACAAGUGCCCAAGGUCUAUGACCAAGACUCAUGGGUUUGAAGCCCUUCUUCGUCCAAGCUUGUCAGUCCUCAUGCUUUGGGCCCAGGGCCAUGCGCUGGCCUUUGAGAUCAAGGAUGCAGAUGUCUAUAAGAAUACAAAUGCAAACGUGGAGGGGAUUUCUCGGGUUCUCGACAAAGUCUACAACAACUGCAAUCAAGCACUCCCCGUCCACAUCUGCAUCGUACAGGACAACUGCAGUCGGGACUGCAAAAACGGUCUCCUCCUCUCCUGGUGCGUCAAGCUCCAUCUCCUGCAGGUGUGUGAAAGGAUAAGCCUGCAAUAUCCCAGCAAGGGGCACACGCACGGGCCGCUGGAUGGGCUGGGAGGGCAGGCGGUGACCAAAUGCAGCGCCUGUGAGUUCUCCACUGCCGACAGUUUGGUGGAGAUCUACGAUGCGUUCCUGCAGCAGUCCACUGUGGACGGAGGAGCAAGCUUCAAAG